AUGGGUUCCAUACAGCAAGAAUCACAUUUCAAGAAGAUCCAGACUUUCAAGGCCGACUACGCCGACGCCACAUUCACACAGUAUGAAUCUCAACGAACGGGUCUGCGAGUGGUGGUAGUCGACCGAAAAGGACCCAAAGUCUACGGCUACUUUACCGUUGCGACAGAAAUCCACGAUGACUCGGGAUCUCCACAUACCCUCGAGCAUCUCUGCUUUAUGGGCUCGCGGAAGUACCCAUACAAGGGUGUACUAGACAAGAUUGCAACCCGAUCAUAUUCAGACACCAAUGCAUGGACAGACACCGCUGAGACUGUCUACACGCUCUCUACCGCUGGCUGGGAAGGCUUUGCCCAGCUUCUCCCAAUCUACUUGGACCAUCUGGUCGUACCUACGCUUACCGAUGCUGGCUGCUACACCGAGGUACACCACAUUGACGGGAAGGGCGAAGAUGCAGGUGUCGUGUACUCCGAGAUGCAAGGGCGGGAAAAUCUGCAAGGCGACCUGAUGGAUCUUCAGAUGCGCCGGCUACUCUACCCAGACGGAGACGGAUUCCGAGCUGAGACUGGAGGUUUGAUGGAAAACCUUCGUGUGUUGUCUGCUGAGCGCAUCCGCCAAUUCCACCGAGACAUGUACCAACCGAAGAACUUACGCCUUGUACUCAUUGGCGAGGUUGACCACACCAAUCUUCUGGAUGUUCUGGAUAGGUUUGAGGAUGACAUUGUCGACCGCGUGCCAUCUUACGAUGCACCUUUCAAACGUCCAUGGGUAGGGUCUAAGCGCACACCGUCUCUCACCAAGUCGGUUAUUGACACAGUCGAAUUCCCUGAGGAAGAUGAGUCCACUGGUGAGGUUCAGAUUGCUUUCUUUGGACCCCCGGCGACAGACGAUCUAGGCGAAACGGCACUCAACACUGUGUUGACGUAUCUCGCCGGCUCUUCCGUGUCAAUCUUGGUAAACACUCUCGUUGAGAAGGAACACCUUGCCAGUGAAGUUUACUUCUGGGUCAAGAGCAAUUUCGACAUGAUCAUUUGGUUCACGCUGAGCUCUGUUGAGACAAACAAGCUUGCAGAUGCCGAAAAGCGCUUCUUCGAGGUCCUCAAAGAACAUGCGUCGAAGCCGCUGGACUUGAGCUACAUGAAAGACUGCCUUCGUCGCUUCAAGAGGCAAGCCCAGUUCCUGUCGGAGACCAGCAACGACGAGUACAACAGCCCGAUUCUCAAAGACCACCUCUACGGGAACAGAGACGGGUCUGAUCUCGAAGAGGGUAUGGCCACUCUCAAGGUCUUUGAUCAAUUAGAGGAAUGGACGGAGGAGGAGUGGCGAAACUUCAUGAAGAAGUGGCUUUCAGAUGCCCACCAUGUCUCGCUGCUUGGCAAACCCUCAAUUGCACUGUCCGAGAAGAUCAAGGCAGAUGAGGUUGCUCGCGUCAAGGCACAGCAGGAGAAGUUCGGCGAAGACGGUCUGAAGAAGCUGGCAGACAAGUUGAAGCAGGCUCAAGAUGAAAAUGACAAGCCCAUCCCAGAGGGAAUCAUCGCAGGGCUGAGCGUGCCCAGCACAGAAUCAAUUCACUUCUUCGAGACCACCACGGCUCGCUCGGGGCUCGCAAAGGAACUAGGUACCGAGGACAACCAGAUCCAGAAGAUUGUCGACCAGAACGAAAAGAACCUACCGCUCUUCAUCCAUUUCGAGCACAUACCGACAUCCUUUGUCCACUUUGGUCUGGCACUCGGAACAGCGAACAUACCCACCGACCUCAAACCUUUGCUAGGCGUAUACCUAAGCAACUUCUUCGCGACCCCAAUCACAAAAGACGGCAAGCGCAUGGAAUUUGAAGAAGUCAUCACCAAGCUGGAACAAGACACGAUCGAGUACUCCAUGGACCGCGGAUCCGAGAUUGGCAACUCAGAAAUGAUAUACAUAACCUUCGUCGCCGAAGCGGACAAGUACCCCAUAGUCGUCCAAUGGCUUACAACAAUGCUCGUAGACUCCGUUUUCGACACCGAGCGCCUAAUAGCCACAGUAAUCAAGAUGCUCGCCGACGUCCCCGACGAAAAGCGCGACGGAAGCAGCAUGGCCUUCGCCGUAGACCGCAUGAUCCACUACGCGCCCUCCUCCUCGGUGCGCGCAACAAACACGCUCGUCAAAGCCCGCUACCUAAAACGCACCCUCAAGCUCCUCAAAUCCACGCCCAACGCCGUCCUCGAAAAGCUCGAAGCCCUACGCACCCACCUCCUCACAUUCUCCAACCUCCGCCUCCUCGUAAUCGCAGACCUAACCUCCCUCCCCAACCCAGUCCAAACCUUCUCCCUCCUCACCUCCGCCAUCCCCCCCGCCACCAACCCCCCCUCCCUAACCCCAAUAGACGACCGCAACGCCGUCCUCUCCCCCCACGGCCGCUCCCCAGGAGGCGCCCACUUCCUCAUCCCAAUGCCCAUCGACUCCUCCUUCGCGGUCCUCACCUCCGCCGCCCCAAAAGGCUACACACACCCCCACCUCCCCGCCCUCAUGGUCGCCCUCGCCUACCUCGACGCCGUCGAAGGCCCCAUGUGGCAGAGCAUCCGCGGCACCGGUCUCGCAUACGGCACGCAAUUCUUCCGCGACGUGGAAACGGGGUUGCUGAAAUUCCGCAUCGUCAAGUCGCCGAAUGCGUUUUCGGCGUUUGCUCGCGCUAAGGUGGUGGUGGGUGAGUAUGCGGAUGGGACGCGCGUGUUUGAGAGGCUGGCGCUUGAGGGCGCGAUUUCGAGUAUUGUGAGGGAGUUUGUGGAUGAGCGGGCGACGGUUGUGGAUGCCGCGCGGAGUUCGUUUGUGGAUCUUGUUACGCGGGGGGUGGCGAAGGAUUGGCAGGAGUGGUGUUUGCGGGAGGUUAGGAUGGUGGGGGUCGAGGAUGUGCAGGCUGUGUUGAGGGAUGUAGUUAAGGCGGUUUUUGAACCAGGGACGGCGGAUUUGGUGGUUACGUGUGGGGGGGUUAUGCUGGAUGGCCUCAAGAAGGACUUUGAGAACGCGGGUUUCACGGUGCAAGUCAAGCAGCUCGCGGACUUUAGCGAGGCGUAUGGUUUGGAAGGCGACGACGAAGACGAUGAAGUCGACGACGACGACGACGACGACGAUGAUGAGGAUGAUGAGGAUGACGAGUCAGGAAGCGGCGAGACUGACAGUGCAGACGAGAUGAAGGACUGA